AUGACUCCUCCGUCGUUCCAGCCCUCGACAGAGGCCUACGCAUCCGCAGCCGUGCUCGCUGCAUCCUCCUGUCCCUCUUGCGGAUACCACUUCCCUCCACAGACCGAUCCGACGGCUGAAGCAGCCGAAGCACACCGCCGCAUCCUCGACCUCGAAGCGCAGGUCAGACUCCUGAAUUCCAAAGCCGCAUCGGCCGUGGACAAGCUGGCAGAUUACGAGGAUGAAAUACGAUAUCUAAGCGAAGCCUACGCGCGCUCACAGCAACAGGGGAGAGGGAAUGGGCUGAAUAGUCCACCUUUGGAAGGACCUGGCCCGGCGAUGGCCGGCAGUCAACAGCAGCCGCAGCCGCCACAUCAGUUGUCAAGGCUUGCCAGUCUGAGCGCCUUGUUACCAGGACGAAGGAAAGAGUCCAAUUCGGGACAACCAGUCACACCAUCGACAGCGACGUUCCCACAGAAUACCGCUGCCUACACGAACAAUACGCUCUCACCGCCGAAAACACCCUAUUCCGGCAACAGUCGCCCCGCGCCAACGCUACAAGCUACACAGUCAGACACGCAAAUCAUCACGCUCUCAUCGCUACAGUCCUCGCUCGAAGAAGAGCGCACGCUGCGACAACGUGCAGAGACGAAUCUGUCAAACGCGCAGAGCGAGUUGGAGGAGUUGACGGCACAAUUAUUUGGACAGGCGAAUGAGAUGGUCGCGACGGAGCGGAAGGAGAGGGCCAAAUUGGAGGAAAGGGUCAAAGUGCUGGAGCAGAGGGAUAUAGAGAAGAGGAAGCGGUUAGAGAGAUUAGAGAAGGCGAUUAUGAGAAUUGAACGGGUAAGAGCGAUGGUUGGGCCAUGA